GAUCGCCAUGUCCAAUCUUCCUUUCAAGAUGACAAGGAGGCGUGGGGCGUUGAUGAGGCAGAUCGUAUGUUUCGAUCCUCGGAGGGCGAGCUUGUCGGAUGUUUUGGCUGCUUGGGAGUACCUCAAGUCGCACAUAUUCGAGAUUCGCAGAUAUUUUCUUGUUCCUCUUGCGAUGAAUGAGCGAGAUUCGGAGCGACCGAGGAAGAAGAACCAAGAUGGUCGUAUUUGGGCUCUCUCAAGUCGCAGAUAUUCGACAGGGAAGAGAGGAAGCAGCAAUACCAAGCUCGCACCAGAGGUCUCAAUGCGUACGACCGGCACAGGAAGUUGGUUGAUGAUUUACGGUGCGUGUGGCUUCUUUCUUGUCUCGCAUCUCCCCUCUGAUAGAAUGGGAAUUCCGCUUUUGUCUGUGGGUUGCUGAAAUUUGCUGGGUAAUGUCGUGUCCGCGGAAGUUCUCUGUGUACUAAGCUAGUUACAGCUCAAGUUUCAGUUCGUGGUGGGAUUGGGUUAGCCGUAUGCUUUGCUCUGGAGUUGGGACUACAUGAAACGAUGCACAUUGAGAGCUAUUGAUGUGUGGUAUCCCCGUGGUCCUAUAUGAAUAGGAUGAUGAACAGUCCCCUCCAAUUAGAAGGAUGGGGACUACUACAGUCAUCCUCGUAGCCUCGUCUUCGAUGUCGAUGGAAUUCCGACUGGCCUUCUAUCCUUAUUAUCUACGAUAAUUAUUUGUGAGGAUUUAGUUGAGUGGUACUUAGUUGUCUGCUGAAGUUGGAUGUCAACAAAGAGUGCAAAUAUCGAGCUCCUUAUUUGUAGGUUCAUGGUGUCCUACAGUAAAAUGGAUGAAGAAUGGUCCUUUUUUGUGAAGGAGAAGGUGUCUACACUUAUCCUCAUAUAUUAAUUCUUUUGGGUAGAGUUCAUCUUAGGUUCUUAUUUUCAGCAAUGUUAAUUCUUAUGGUGAUACGGGUGUUCGCCAUAUUCGAGCAUUCCAAUUUGUGGAGGUAUGCUUGAUAUUUCUUCGUAGGCAAAGUCCCAGCUUACCAUCU